CAGAGAAUUUUAUUAUAUGCAAAUGGAAAAGUUUGCCAAACAAGCACUAGCAGAAGGGGUUAAUCAUCAAGAAGAGCUAAUUGUAACAACAGAAUCAGAAAUAUUUAAACAACUUAAUCAACAUUAUAAUAAAAAUAAUGUUUUUGAGCCUCCAGAAAGAUUACUUUUUGUUGUUCAAGAAACUUUAAGAGAAUUUUUUUCUGCUUUACAACAACAAAAAGAUUUAGAACCUUCUUGGAAGAAAUCAAUAUAUAAAAUAAUUCAACAAUUAGACGAACCAAUCCCCGAUUAUUUCCGUGAUUUUCAAUUUGUUGAAAUGCUUGAAAAUGCCCCAUGA